UCAGUGGUGAUCCGUCUGUCUGUCCGGUGAUGAGCGCACACCGGUGCCGGCAGCAGGCGGGCAGACAACGGCGGGGAAGACGCGCUUUAUCACUAUCGCAUUGAACCGCGACUUUGUCAUGUUUAAGAACCGGAAUAAUUCUUGAAAAGCGUGAGAGUGAUUUUCAACGUGAAGAUGCUGACAGACAUGAUUGUGGAGGAGGAAUUUGAGAUCAAGGAGGAGGAACCGUGGUACGACAAGCAAGACCUUGAACAUGACCUGCAGCUGGCCGCCGAGCUCGGGAAGACUCUUCUGGAGAGGAACAGGGAGCUGGAGCAGGGGCUGCAGCAGAUGUACUCCACCAACCAGGAGCAGCUGCAGGAGAUCGAGUACCUGACGAAGCAGGUGGACCUCCUCAGGCAGGUCAACGAUCAGCAUGCUAAAGUGUACGAGCAGCUGGACGUGUCGGCCAGAGAGCUGGAGCAGAGCAACCACAAACUGGUCCUGGACAAUAGGACGGCCCAGCAGAAGAUCCAGGGGCUGACAGAAACAGUGGAGCUGCUGCAGACGCAGGUGGAGGAGCUGCAGCAUCAGGUAGAGGAGAUGAAGUUGAGUCCUCAGCCUCACAGGCCUCCACACAGAGAGAGGUGGCCGACUCGCAGCAGCCACAGUGUGUCCUGCCUCAAAGAGCUGCAAAACACACUCAG